AUGCUCCUUCACUGGUGCACCCUUGAGCCUUCUGGCGACGGAAACCUCGCCGCCAUCCGCUUCUCCUCGCCUGUGCGCGUCCAGUCCAUCCGCAUCUUCCCAAAGGACGCUCGUCCGUUUGCGCAGCACCAUGAGAUAGUCAGUGAGACGGAGCCGCAGGCCUUCCUUCUGCACUUGUACUUCAGCGCAUACCGCGUAGCUAGGCCAGAUAGCAAAGAGAAGCCGAAGCCGACCAAUGCCUUAGCACCGACGGCGCUCGCCUAUGCAGGCGGCGAGAUGGAAUUCGCCGUCCCUAUGGGCAAUGAGUAUGCCACGCGCUUGAUCAUCGUGAGGGGAAACUUCGAGCGCGUCUCCAUGGCUAUUUAUGGCGACGUCAUGUCAGAGCUGCCUCCCCCACCCACGACAUACGAACCCAAGCCUCUGCCAACGUUUGAACCUACUCAGAUCUCGCGAGCGUUAGACCCGUCCAACUCGCUCGACCCAUCUGCACUCGCGCGCGAGCUGUUGAACCUCAUUCCAGACGCUCCACCGCUUCCACUCGCUAUUCGGCUUGUAUUCUGUCUCAAACCUCCAAGUGACGAUUGGGAUCUGCCUGAAUUCCCGUACAUCUUCGCUGAGCUCGACGCUGAUACUGCGGAUCUUGACCUAGAAAAAGCAUCCGCACUGACCACAAGACCUGUCUCCGACGAUGUCGAGGAUGAGGUUCUGCUUCGCUUUGCGGAUAGUAUGGGUCAACUGACCCGUGAGAAGGGUGACAACCAGGCCUUUCGUGUGGCCAGCAUUCUGAGCAAUGCCGCAUCACAGCACCCCAAUAUGGCAAAGUCUCUUCUGGACAAGCUGGAUGUCCCUGCCAUCUUUGACUCAAACAACAUGGACGAGAGCAUACUGAUUCGGUUGCGGGACGCCGCAACGAAUGCCGACAUUGCACGGCAUCUCAAUAGUGACUACUUCUUGCAAACCCUCCACACUAUCACGAAAGACGCAAACGCCGACCCCGAGACCCAGUCCGCAGCCACCAAACUCAUCGCGCGCAUCCAAGGCUGGGCUGUCCUCGAAGAUACGCUCUCCAAUACCCAGGGUGACUUCGUCACUGCUGCCACGCUGCUCAAAGAGAAUGGUACAGAGGAGGCCGCACUCGGCGUCUGGCUCGAAUCUAUGAUCACACAUGAAGACAUUGCUGCGACUCUCCGCGAGAUUCCGCUUAUGCCCAUCCCACUGCCGCAUCCCCCGUACCUGUUUGGAAGCCUGAAGUCGUCGAUAUCGCACGACGAAUUUGUAGCGUUUUUGAGGGCUGUCAUUGGCGUUGCUGCAGUGUUGGCUGUGUACGCGUUCGCCGAUGCGUGGCCACAUACACUUUGUCGCGAACGAGCCCUAGCGAUCAUCCGGCUCUGGCAGGGCGUCAAUGGGUAUCGGGAGAUCGUGAACCAUCUAUUAGUCUUGAAGCAGAUGAUCUUCCGCCUUGACUGCAUGAUGGAUAGUGAUCCUCCGCGACGAGCCGGCGUUGACGCGGAGCACAUCCUGGUCAACCUUGCCAAAGACCCCCAGGCCAUUUUGCAACCUGACUUCAUUGAUUGCAUCCUCGGACUCAAGGCCCCUCUUGCAGUCAUCACCGAGGAGGAACGGAUGUCUAUGAGACGCGCUGCCAUUGUAGCUGACGACGGUCUGCCCGGAGCAGUCGAUGAACUCCUUCGUCCCAUGGACCGCCCACCAACGCUCAAGCACCUCCGUGCUAUGCGAGUGGCGUUCGCCGUCAUCGACGACGAACUGCGUAAGGACCGCGAGUACGAUGUCCUCCGGGAUUUCUGGCAUGAAGGCUCUCGUGGUCUUGUUGGCCACCUCGCGGACAUCUUCGGGCCCCUCGUGAACGAGAUCAAAAGCCAUUUUGCGCUGAUUCCUCCAGCUCGCAAAUCGCAGGAGGUCAUGAGCGGCCUGUUCCGCGUGGCAGACGAGCUGCUCAAGCUGCUCUUGCGGCUGUUCCCUUCCUAUUCCCUCCCAAGCCGCGCUGUCCGCGUUCUUACAGCAAGUGUCGCCGACCUCUUUGUCUGCACGGAUGCGGCGGAUGUGCUCUAUUCCCAAACCAGUCCCCCCUGCGUCGCUGCGGAGGAGACGCGCCAAUCAUGCAUCGAUGUCGUGCGCAUGCUCUCCACUACCUCAGCUCAAGAAGGCGUUCAGCUUGGCGCAGAAGUCGUCCUAAAGACCCUCCUCCGGCACGGCCUGCACGUCGAACAACGCGACCCGGUCCACCACCUCCUGCAGGUUCUCUGCUUGAUCGACUACCUCCUACCGAUGCCCGAUGCCGGCGACGAGAAUGAGACGAUGUGGACGCAGCGCGUGAUGCCGCUCGUGCUGCAGGAACUCUGGCAGUUCUGCAGGGUGCUCGAUACCGAGAACAAGGUUCACUUCGUCAAGCGGCUGAGCAGCCUCGACCGAGGCGUGAUCGGAGUCGCAGAGUGGUUGAUCGUCGAGGAGCUGAAGGAGCUCCUCCAUGUGCUUAGGUUGCUGGAAGACCCCACUGUGCAGCUGCACGAGCGAGUUGUGCGACAAUAUCAGGUCACAAUGGCCCUGAACUUCCUCCUCGAUCUUGCCCAACCUUCCUCGACUGCGUCUAGGAUCCUCACUGACUGUCUGGCUACGGUUCCAGAGGCAACGUCCACUAUGACAAGUUGCAUACUGUCGAUCCUCGAUCAGCGCUUGUCUGCGCCUGGUCUCACCGAAGUGGUACAGACUGUGACAACACAGUGGCACCGGUUGGACGCAGCUCUUCGCGCCGUCCUCGCUAUUGCGAUGAUGCGCUUUGUAGGUUCCGAUGACAACCCAGACACGUCUACACUUGACGAUGCCGUCGCUAUUCUUACAUCGACCUCGAUCCCGGACAACCUCCUGGAUCUUGUUCAUCAAGAACUCGAUGCUGUCCUCGACCGUUACGGGAGAAACACAGAUGCUUGGGACGCGACUUCGUGCCAAAGGAGAUGCCUGCCGCUGUUGGAUUGGCGCAUCAGCACGUCAAAAUCCACGUCCGAGUCAAUCACGUUGAACAUCACAGCCUCAGCCUGGACGGACUUCAGCAAUCGCAUGCAGAACACCGUCUCGACGGGGGACAGUGGGCACUGGGAUUCAUUGAAGGAGAGAGUAACCGUACAGCAUAUCAAUUUGCCUAGUCCACCGAUACCCCUGCCGGAGUCUAUCGAGCUUUCACUCGAAGAUGUUGAAGACCUCCUGCAACCCCAGAUACCCGUACCAUCUACACCGCCACGUAGGGCACUCAACCAGGAUGUACUAGGGCUCGUGACAAUCUCCCCACCCGCCCUCAUCCGCUCGCCCGCAUCCACAGGGCUUACAAAAACGUACAGUAACAACGAUUUCAGGCAGCUACGGCAGACGCCCUCGGCGAGGCAGAACACAAGUCGGUUGCCGAGUAUGCACGUAGACGUAGGUGUAGCAAUGGUCGUUUGA